AUGGCAACAGAUUGCAGUACCUUGAGAAGCAGAUUGGGCACCUGCAGCGACAGCUCCAUAUUGUCAAGACCGAACCGCCCCCCCCCGAAGAUCGAGCUGCCGAACGGCUUCAACCGCCCGACGGAUCCCACCAUAUUGGUUGUGCGUUCAAAGGAAUUGGUUACCCAUCAAGCGGUCUGCGACGCCAUCAAGUCUUGGAUGCAGGACGCAGCCUUGGACGUGGACGACUUUGAGGUCCUGCGCCCUGAAGAUGGCCCUGCAGCGAAAAGAUUCAUCAUUCAGUUCACGGGCCAGCAGCACCUCGCCUCCAGAGCUCUCCGCCAGGCGAUGGCUGCAAUCAGGCAGAGAGAUAACACGUGGAGACGUUUCUUUGCGGCCCUUCCCACGGGCGGUCAGACAGACCUGUUCAUCAGCAUCGACAAGAACCAGGUUCGUGGUCUCUUUAACAAGUUCCUGAGGCCUUGGCUGGGUCCUGGCCCCACCUCGGCUUCGAUGUGCUUUGCCAGUUGGAACGCUAAUGCUCUCUUCCACUUCGACCCCUCCACCAAGUCCAAGAAGUUCCACUACCUCUCCUCCCUCAUGUCUCCCACGUCCAUCGUUGCUGUACAGGAAACGCACGGCUCAGAGGCAGAAGCCAGGAACAUGAUUCAUUUUCUGCGCAAGCCGUACAUUUGCCACGCCAGUUUUUUGCCGAACGCUGCCGGAGGGGUUCUCACGAUGAUCCCUGAGCACAGGUUUGAAGACUUUGUGGUUGACUCGUCAAGUGAACCUCUGGUGCAGGGCAGGGUACUCUUUACAGACAUCCAGAUCGAUGGGGGUUCAGCUUGGAUUGCUCAUUACAAUAUCCAUAAUUAUGGGCUCCAGAGGCACGAGAAGAUCCAGAUAGCUAACCACAUUCUUGGGAAACUUCAGGAGGCCAAAGAGGACCCGCUCAACAAAAUCGUCGUUCUCAUAGGGGACUUCAACAUCGCCGCCGCACCCCCAUCCCCAGUCAAUCCUGCCAGUUUUGUUGCUCCUGGAGAAGGGUACCUGACCUGGAGGGCCACACAGGACGCCAUCUGGAGGAACCUUCUUGGGAAGUUAGUUGAAAUUGAGCAGCUUGACCCCACCCACGUGUACAGGCCGAAUGACACGAUGAGCAUCAUUGAUAGGGCCUUCACUUCUCUCCCUGGGUGGGCUCUCAAGCAAUUUAACGUAUGUGGGGUGACGCAGGGUCUCGCUGAGGUUGUGAUCCAUCAACGGCUUUCUGAUCACGCUGCGAUUAAAGUUGACUUUCACCCUAGUGGCCAAAAACACCAUAAAGAGCGAGCCAUUAAUCGAGACCUCUUCGGCACCCCUGAAUACGCCAGGUUUGUACAGGCUUACCUCCAGUGCGGGGACAUCGAGCAGUACUCGCCGCCGAUCCGCCUUUUGUUUCUUAAGACGCUGAUGAAAGAGGGUGCCAGAUUUGCUCGCAAUGCUUCCUUGGGACAGGCUUCGGACUCUAUCCUGGGGCGUAUCAUUCUCUGCCGCUCGAUUUCCAGGGCUGUCUGGCGUCAAGACCUCACCUUGGGGAAUAAACUCAUCAAGGCGUACCCUCUUGCUAAGCAGUUCCUUCAGAUUGACGCGGAGACGAACCGUAUCUACUUGGAGAACCCUGGGGCCUUUGCUGACCUGAUCAAUUCUCUGGAAACGACUGACCACAUGAACAAGAUAAAACGUCUGGGCAAAAAUCUCUCGGAAGCUCCAGAAUCAGAGAAGAAGAAGUUACGGCAACGUCUCCGUCGUCUGCAGAGGCGGGCGAAGUUGUGGGCUCCCUUCGACCGCCGCCUUCUUGUGCGCGGUAUUCGCCGCAAUGAUCAGCUUCUCUCCGAUCCGCUGGACAUGGCUUCAGCGAUCAGCGAGCAUUGGGGCAAGAUUUUCAAUGCGAAGGAUACCCCUGUGGAAAAGGCACGGACCUACAUCCAGAGGUUCACAGGUCACAUCGACCUGAGUCGCAUCCCGCCCCCGACCAAGAGCCUGAUGUCUGCGAUCCUGAGAAAGCAAAAUCACAGCGCCCCUGGUCCUGACUGUAUCCCGUACGCCGCGUGGCAGAAGACUCCCCAAGCCCUUGAGACCCUCUCGGAGAUGAUGUUCUGGCUCCUGGACGGUGGCUGGGCCCUCUGGGGCUUCAAUCAUCUGCUAGGCACGGACCUGCCGCUCAUUGCCUCCUUCGACUUUGCGCAGGCUUUCCCAUCGAUUUCCCAUCGGUGGAUGCUGCUGGUCCUCGAAGAAAUCGGCCUUCCACCCCCGCUGCUGGCUUAUAUCGUCUUACUGUACCAGGGCGUGAUUUGUUACUCGGAGUUUGGAGGUAUGAUUUUGUUUAUGUUUCCUAUCCUCGCUGGAAUCAUCCAAGGGUGCCCAGGCUCGGGAACGUUGUUUGCGGUUAGCAUGGAACCCUUCGUGGCAGACUUUGAAUCGACGAUAGAGCGGAAGCAUCGCGGGAUAGUCAGACUCUGCGCUGAUGACAUAGGCACGGCCCUCAUCAAGCUGCAGUACCUUAUGCAGUUGUUCCGCAUAUUCGGCCUGGCGGCCCAGCUUGCUGCUCUGCAUCUGAAUCUAUCCAAGUGUCAAAUACUUCCCCUGGCAGGCCCCAUCUCGGACCCGAUCAAACAGCUAUACAGAAUGAAGUUGAAAGCUCUUAUCCCGUCCUGGUCCGCCUUCGAAAUUGUCGAGGUUGUCAAAUAUUUGGGUAUGUUCAUCGGGCCCGAGGCCCCCCUGCCCUCGCGUGUGCUGCACGGCCUGCUCCGCAACCGUAUCAUUUGGCUCCAAUCUGGUACAGAUUAUCGCGAGGUCUGGGCGCCCAGCCCACCUCGCAGCAGGGCGCGGCAUGGCGCCCUGACGGGAGCAGCGGACUCCACCCGUGGAAUCGAAGACUUGUGCGAGGCCGCGGCGGCGCUGCCCAGGCGGAGCUGGAUGGCGGUCUCGGCCGGUGCCAAGAAGGCGGGGACCGACGCGCUGCGGGCCGCUGGGGCGGACGUCUCGGACGACGACGUCGCGGGGCUCGUCCUGAAGGUGAGAUCGACGCUGAACGCAGGGCGGGCCCCUCGUUCGAAGCUGGACGAGGCACGACGGCUGGAGGCAGCGCUGGACCCCGUGGCCGUCCGCCUGGCGUUGGGGAACCCCGAGGUCCCGGGCUCCGAGAUGGCCGAGGCCCUCUGGGGGUUCACGGAGGCCGCCACGUUCUCCACGCAUGCGGAGAGUCGGAUUAGACGAGUGGCCGCCGACACUGACGGCUGGGAGAAGGUCGCGGACCGGAUCUGGGCCCGUGCAGUCGGCGAGGACGGAGACACGCUGCCCGUCGACUGGGUGCUGCACUUGGGCAUCGGCCUCUUCCUGUCCAGCCUGGUGGUGGUGCUGUGGGCCGACUCCGGGCGACACCGCCUGGCGGGCGCUGCAGUGGGGGUGUUCGGGACCUUCCUGCUCGUGCGCCGCGUACCCGAGCGUGCGGUCGCUUGGUGGACGCGCUGGAGGCGGCGGGCGGCCUUCGCCGCAGCGCUCAGCAGCGGCGGGGACGGCCUGGACCUCACUGCCGCCGAGGGCGACAGCGCGGCCUGGGACGCCCCGGGGGCCCCGACGCCCAAGGGGAGCUGCGCGGCGGCCGCGGAGGUACCUACGGGCCCGAUGCACCCGCCUGGGCUCGCGGCGCUGCCGCCUCCCCCGUGGGCCCCACCUGCCGAGGGCGCGGGCGCGGGUGCCGCGACGGCGAAGCCCGGCUCGCAGGACCUGGCGGCGCUGCGGGCGUUCGCCCAGGGGAGCGAGGUGCCAGGCCCUUUCAGCCAGACGGCGGCCCAGCAGCAGCAGCAGCAGCAGCAGCAGCCACAGCUGCCGCCGGAGGUGGCCGUGCCAGCGGCAGGGCUCAGCUUCCAUGCGCCUCAUGCUCCUGCAGACGCGGUGAAGCUAGGGCGAGAGGUGCAAAUGGUAGGGGCCACGCUCCGCGAGUUCCAGGCGCAGGCUGCCACGAACGUGUACUGGGCCUGGCACUUCUGGGAGAGAAUCGCGGCCGUGGACGGCUCCCUGGGGCUGCACCCUGAUCUGCGACGAGUGCUGCAAACCCACGGCUACGUGGGCGCGGGGACGAAGUCCCCGCCAGGAGGGUCGCUGCAGCAGGAGCUGGACGCGCUGCUCUCCUCUGCCACGGCGCCGCACGGCGGGGGCAUGCAGGCCUCCCCUGGGUGGGCCGUGGCCCCGCAGACCCAGCAGCAGCAGGAGGACAGCCGGUGGAACCUGAGCCUCCCGCCGGAUCUGAGGCGCGCGGCGCCGGAGAUCUACCGCACCAUGCGGGGCGCGGGGGCGGCUAGCGCACGCGACUGGCUGUCGCGGGAGGUGACGGGCCAGCGGCGCGCGACGGUCUGGACCGACCUGUGGACCGCCGCCACCAACGUGGACUACUUGCUGGGCGGGUGCAAGACCCAGUCCGAGCUGCUCACCCGCCUGGCAUCCGACGACGCGCUGGAGUUGCACCUGAGGCGGCUGGCCAGCUACGUCUACGAGAUGCGGACGAAGGACAAGGUGGGGGCGGCGGCGAUGCUGGCUGUUCGCCCGCCCGGGUCGGCCGCCGACUUGGCCCCCACAUGGCUGGUGACCGAGGCCACGACCCACAGCAAGGCUGAGCACCAGCGCGACGAGAGGGUCCACGCCGCCAGCAAGUUGAGGACGCGCUGGGCUCGACGCAUGCGCGUGUGGCGUCGGGCCUGCGGGCUCAUCGAGCUCAUGAAUGGGAUGGACCGCGGAUCCCUGGAGGCGAGACCAGCGGGCCAGCGCGAGUCGAGCGACGACGAGAUGAUGCUGGCCUGGCAGCUCGUGCAGCAGUACGCGUUACAGGACGCGGCGCGGCACGAGCGCGACUGCCGGGGGCUUGCCCCGACAGGCGGUCAAGGGACGGAUCUUGCCUGCGACAGAGGACCGCAGGACGCCUACACUGGAGAGCGCAAGGGUGCGAGCAGACACGUGACGAUGUGCGCAGCGGCGGUGGCAGAACCGCCGGAUGACAUGGUCGUGGACCUGCUGGAGGCGCUGCCCGACGGCGAGCGCCAGCACUACUCGGACGAGCGGGCGCUGCUGGGCGUGGGCGCACGCUUGGGGGCGCUUGCGGGCGCCGCGGCACCCGCCGACGGCGCUGCCAGCGGCGUGCCACGCACCUCGCCGCCCGAGGACGGGGGGCUGGAGGAUGGCGACGGCGUGGAUGCCGGACCUGAGGACGCUCAGCAGCAUCGCUACGACGACGACUGGCUUGGGCAGCAGUCCAGCUGCCGCGCCGCGCCGCCUAGCCCGGCGGGCUACAGCGUGGCAGAGUGGAUAGAGGCCGUGAAGCGGGCGAAGAGGGAGGCGUGCGGCCAGAGUGGCGGCGCCUUCCUCAUCGAGCACCCGGAGGACCCAGGGCACGCGCCCUACCCAUCCAUCUGGAACACGAAUGAGAUGCUGGACUUCGAGACGAGGCGCUCGUCGCGGAGAGCGCGCUUGGACCAGUGCAUGCUGGGCGGCCGGACGAAGAAGCCCACAUGCCUGAGCGGCACGCUGCAGGGGCUGGAGGACCUGAAUGAGCUGCGGUGUGACGGGCCCCAUGCCCGCGAGUCGGCCGACGGCAAGUUGGCCGACGGCACCUUCCGCACGAGCCCGCUGGCCCAGUACCCCGAGGGGAUGUGCGAGUCGCUGGGGCUCUUGAUUGUCCAGACCCUGGCCAUCUUCGAGCAGACCGGCUUGGGCGGCACCGGGUGGCGAAGGCCGCCAGAGGCCGACAGGGCGGUCACCGCUUGGAGCUCGCGGAGCACUGCGGCACCAGCGGUGGCCGUGCGGAACGAGGACGUGCUUCGCGGCCGUGGGCUGGUGCUGGACGGGCCGCAGAUGGCCUUCUACCUGCACGUCGACGACGGCGUGGCGAUGGCAGGGGGCAACGGCUGUGGCCCACGGGCCACUGGGAAGAUGCACCAGCUGGCGGACGCCUUGGCCGAGGCCGGCUUCGUUGUCACCGACCGCACGGAGGCCAGCGACAUGCAGAAGGUGCUUGGCUACGCACCUCAGGCGCGUCCCGCGCAGCUUCGCUUGCCUCCGAAGAGGGCACGGGAGCUGGUGCAGCAGCUGGAGGCGAUGGGCGCCACCCGCACCCUCCACACCGAGGAGCUGCGCUCGCUCUUGGGGGUGUGGAUCUGGGGCGCUCUACUACGGCGGGAGCUGCUCUGCAUACCCAGCGCCGUCUUCAGGCUCCUGGAGAGGUACCCGCACCAGCGGGUGAGCACCUGGGCGACCGUCCGCCGGGAGCUGCGGGCCAUGGCUAAGGUAGUCCCGCUGAUGUACGCUGACCUGGGAGCCCCGCCAGCCCCCGUGCAUUUCGCGGCGGACGCCAUGGGCGCCAACGUGGAGGACGACGGCGGCUGGGGCAUCCUGGUGACCGACAUGGACGAGGACAUCGCGAAGGACUUCAUCGACACGGGCGGCAACUUGGGCUACACCGUGGCAAGGCUGGACGGCGAGCUCACAGGAUUGCGGCGCCCCGAGCAGGUCAUCAGACGGACGAAGCCGUUCAGCCUCCUGCCCUAUCGCGUGUUCAAGCCCGACGAGGACUGGACGAUCGUAGGAGCGGGCAGGUGGCGGACGGCCGACCACAUCACGCUGGGCGAGGGGCGCUGCGUCGUGAAGAUCAGCAGGCUGGCGGCCGCCACUCCUGCCCUUCACCGCACCGUGCUGCCGAUCCUGGAGGACAACCAGCCAGUCUCAGGUGCGGUAUGCAAGGGCAGGUCCCCGGCGCACCUUUUGAAUCACCUGCUGCGUCAGAAGACCGCAGCAGGGAUGGCAUCUCGCACAAAGAUUUUGAUUCCAUGGGUGGAGACGCUCAGGCAGCCUGCUGAUAAGAUAUCGAGGAAGCUGGACAGCACUUCUGUUGAGAAGGUUAAGCCGCACACCCUGGCGGCCUACGGGGCGGCGGCUAUGAAGUUCCCAAAUUGGGUAAUCAACCUGGGGGCCAAGUCGGGGACAAAGGCAAAACGGAUGCAGUUCGCCAUUAUUUUGGAGCAGGGCGGAGUACUGGAGAACCUCUUACACCGAGUAGUCUUGGGAACGCCGCCCGAGGGGCUCCUCUUUCCCUAUUCGCUCGUCGACUACAGGCAUCGGCUCAAGCAGUUUGAAGCAGCCUUGGGCCUCGACAUUCACUGGACGCCUCACUCGGCGCGCGCAGGGUUCGCCAGCGAUUCCGUGGCUCGUGGUGUCCCCUUCCAGGACAUCAAGGAGGCAGGGCGGUGGCUCACAGAGUCCAGCCUCCGCAUCUACGUGGACGUUGUCACCGCCUCCCGGGUCCUGGCACAGGCUGAGCAGCGAGGGAUCGCCCCGCUCAUCCGCGAGGCGGCCGAGAAGCUGCCCAACUACUUCCCGGAGGGCAUCUUCGGCGAGGGCGAGGGCAUCCAGCAUGCCGCCAGCGGGCUGGCGCAAGGGCCAGGACGGCGCCUGGGCGCUUCCUGCGGAGGGAUGGCCUCGCCAGCGCCCCGGGCAGCGCCAGCCCAGCCGCCGGCGCCAGCACUGGGCGCACUGGUGGAUGGGCUGCUGGCGGGUCCGCAGCAGCCGGGGGAUGCAGCGGCGGGCGCGGGCGCGGCCGAGGCCGAGGCGCCAGCGCCAGCGGCCCCUGGCGUGGCAGCACUGAGGCCCCCGCAGCCGCUGGCGGCGCAGCCGCUGGCAACGGGCGCGGCCGCGGGGCAGAGGCGCGCGCGCUGGAGCAGCUGGUCGCUGCUGCGCGCGGCCUGGCUCAUCGCAAGGUGGUGCGGACGCUCAACCUCGCGAGGAGUGACGUGGGCGGCGGUCGCCGCGAUGAUGAUCGGGUGGCGCUACGUUGCCGGGCCGCUCGCCCACCUCGGGACCAUGAUGGGCGUCGUGGCCAGCGUAUCCGUCUCGGCUGGCAAGGUGGUCGACAGCAGCCUCGGGGCAGUCAUCACGGCGGCACAAGGAGUAUCCGACUUCGCCGUGACGUCGUCCCGCAGCUUGGCGAGCCUCCUGCAGGAGGCCUGGCGCGGGGUGGACAUCACCGACCUUCACGUCCGCCAGCGCCACGCCGAGCGGCUUGCGGACGACCCCGAGAUCCUGCAAGCCUGGAUCCAGCGCGAGUUCCUGACAGGCGAGCCCCGCCCGCCUGGGGCCGAGCAGGUCGCCACCGCGAUCUCUGAGGCUUCGGUGACCAUACCUCACAUGGCAGAGAGAUGGCAGAUGCUGAUCUGGCCUGGCCAAUACCGCGAGCUGCACAUGACGCUCGAUCUACUACCUUCCGGGUUCUACGGAGUCCAUAUGGUCGAGAGAACCGUCAAUUUCACGGUCCAGUGGAGCAACCCGGUGUGGAGUAGCCUCGACUGCGACAUCAGUUCAGAAAGAGAUACAGUCGUGGCUCAUAUCAACUCCACCCUGGCAGGGCUCCCGCUUCCCGAGAUCCGCUAUAUGUCCAUGAGUGAUCGUGAAAUCCAAGUUGCUCGGCUCCCAGGCGCCUGGAUCAACAUGGCCCGUAGGCUC